GAAAUGAAUUCGAACGUGCAUGUGGAUGGUUGUUUGUGUGUCGUGAUGCAAUUGACUUUCACUCAGUAUAAAUCAAACAAAAACAAAGUGUCAUCUGUUACGUUUCAUUUAGAGAGCGUGAUAUCCAGCAAUCCGGAAUGAUUUUACUUCCUGUCGGAAAGAAAACCAAUUAAACAAGGAAUCAGAAGACAAAAAAUAAAAUGGACGGUUUAACGUGGACGUCUGGAUCGAUGACGACGACCGAUUUAUUUUUGAGUGAAUCUUUCCUCAACUCUACCGAAACGAACGUCUCGAACACGAACUCGUCGUUGCUGACGAUUCCGGCGUUCGGUGACGUCGAGUUGGAUCUCUCGCUCAUCGAGCGUUUCCGCUCCAACAGUCGAGUCAACGACGGCGCCUUCUUUUGCCUCAUAGCGGCCUAUUGCGUCCUCAUCAUCUUCGGAACACUGGGCAACUCGCUCGUCGUCUUCGUCGUCGCCCGCCAACCGGCCAUGAGGACGGCUCGCAACGUCUUCGUCGUCAAUCUAGCCAUCUCCGACUUGCUCCUCUGCCUCAUCACUAUGCCACUAACGUUGAUGGAAAUACGGUCGUACACUUGGCCGUUGGGCAACUCGCCCGUCUCGUGCAAAAUGGUGGGCUCAUUGCAGGCCGUUUCCAUCUUCGUUUCGACGCUCUCCAUCACGGCCAUCGCGCUCGACCGUUACCAGUUGAUCGUCUACCCCACUAAGAAGAGUUUCCAGCUGACGGGCGCUUUGCUGGCCCUGGCCGGCAUCUGGACUCUCGGCGUCGUUCUGGCUCUUCCCCUUUUUAUCGUCCGCACGCUGCAGCAUCACGACAUCCCCAUACCCAACUCGCCCAUCACCUCCGUCGACUAUUGCCUGGAAGAGUGGCCGAACGAGAGGGGCCGUUCCCUUUAUUCCAUCGGCAGCAUCUUGAUCCAGUACGCCUUGCCCAUCAUUACCGUGUCCGUGGCUCACGCGCGCAUCUGCAACAAACUCCAAGUGCGGAUGGCUUCCAUGAGCCAUCAGCAACAGCAGUCGAUGCGCCAACCGCCCAGCGUCACCAACGGCCAGCAAACUCCGAACGAUUCUUCUACGGCUGCCCGUGCCGUGGCCCGCGAAGAGAAACUCCGUAAAACCAAUACGCUCCUAGUGGCCAUCGCUAUCAUUUUCACCAUCUGUUGGUUGCCCAUGAACACGUUCAACGUCGUCGUCGAUACCUGGAACGUCUUUGGAGAUGACACAGAAACGAUGCUAAUCUGCUACGCCGUCUGCCACAUGGUCGGCAUGUCUUCGGCCUGUGCUAAUCCGCUUCUUUACGGCUGGUUGAACGAUAAUUUCCGUAAAGAGUUCCACAAGAUUGGCACUUCUUUCAUUACCAAAACGAUGAAAACGAAAGCGACGACUAGCAACGCCAAUCCUCCGGAGAUUGCCGGCAUUCACGCGGGAAGUAAGCGACUCGAAGCGACGUCCGCCGUGAUCGAGAAAGACGGCCAAAAGCAAUCGAUUGUUGUUCCAUGUCCACAAGCGACAGGUGCCACUACAGCCGUGACUAUGUUACCAUCGCCGACGGGUGUGUCUCAUUACCGGACGGAAGUGACGGUCGUCACCCAUUUGGGGGCCGAACCUCCGGCUUCCGUCUAUCGGGUCAACGAGACUAAUGCGUCCGUCUCUCAGGAGCAACACCUUUGACUGACGAGUCGAUUAACGAUCGCUUCAUUUAUUUUCAAUUUAAUUAGCGACGAUCAUUUACCAAAUUCAAAUUGGCUAUUAAAGCACGUCUGUAAAUACGCUCUUUAGCUUCUUCCAACUGUCUGAUUGUCUUUUGUGUUAUGCGUGUCGUUCUGUUUGAUUUUCUAGAGCAACAUGAACGAUAUAUAAAAGAGCUUUGAUGAGAUUGUCUGCAAAUUAGGUUAAGCCAUUAGUCCUUCUUUUUUAAAUAGUGACUCUUUUCUUGUCCAUACGAAUAUCGACUGACAGUGGGAGGAACAAACUGUGAAGCCUAGCGAUGUUGUUUGUUAGUGGACUUCUAUGGUAAAUAAUCUAGGCUGUUGAGGAUUACAGCUGAAGAGUUGAAAUUGGGUAUAAAAAUACACGUAACGCUCUUUGUGUAGACGGGCCUCGCGUAUUGCAUAGUUGAGCUGUACAUACUUGCACAUUGCCCUAUUUAUAGAACAUUUUGAUUGGGAAUAGAAAAAUGAGAGUGAUUCCAGUUUGAAAAUAUUACAUAACUAUUUAGAUUGAAUUUUCCGGUAAAAUUAAAAAUGAGC